GUGACCCUUCUCUAACCUUUUUAGCUUCUUAACUCUUAAAAUAGAAAACAAGCGAAAAGACCAAACUAAACUUUGGAAAAAGAUCGUCGAUUUUUGGGCAUUCAUCAUCGUGGCAUUGAUUGAUUGAUUGGCAUCUCAUACUUUCCUUUUUCGGCUAAUCUCUACUCCCAAAAAUAGAAAGUCUCAUUCACUCACCAAGCGAAAACAGAACAAGAAGAAGAUUCAAGAUCCGUUUUUUCUGAUUCUUUUCUUUGACGAGCGGUUUGCUUUUCCUGAAUGUUUCCGGUUGGAUCUUUCACAUAAGAAAUGCGGCGGCGGAGGAAGACGGUUGUGGUGGCGGUAGUGAUACGGAGGGUGCUAAUAUGGGCCAUAUGCGUAAUGACAUUACUCUGUUUUCUCACCGUACACAUCUAUGUUGCUCCUUUCAAUAGACUCCCUAAGCUUCACCUUAACCACCACAACACUCGCCGAGGAUAUAUCAUAGAUUACAAUAAAUCCAUCACAGAACAGAGUUUAACGAGGAAUCUGUCUCGUCCGGAAUCUAAUGAAAUUCCUCUCAUCUCCAAUCCCAAGACAAAUGAGAUUCAGUAUCAAAGUUCGAUCUCGGAACACAUCAACAACACCGAGCUAGUUCCUCCUCAUGUGUCUACAAGCCCUUCUUCUUCUUCCAAGUUGAACAUUACAAGCGGGAUACCGGAUUUCGACAAGCUUUGGAAACAUCCACCGAACCGAAAUUUCGUGCCUUGUGUCAGUCCCAAUCCUAGUUACACAUCUCCAUUGGAAUCUAGAGGCUAUCUUCUUGUUCACACGAAUGGCGGGCUUAACCAAAUGCGCGCUGGGAUAUGUGACAUGGUAGCUAUAGCUCGGAUUAUAAAUGCAACACUUGUAGUCCCCGAGCUCGACAAACGAUCUUUCUGGCAGGAUACUAGCAAAUUCUCGGAUGUUUUUGAUGAAGAUCACUUCAUCAAUGCUUUAUCAAAAGAUAUAAGAGUCAUCAAGAAGCUCCCAAAAGGCAUUGAUGGAUUAACAAAGGUGGUUAAGCAUUUCAAAAGCUACUCAGGAUUGAGUUACUACCAAAAUGAGAUAGCUAGUAUGUGGGAUGAAUAUAAAGUGAUCCGAGCCGCGAAAUCCGAUUCUCGUCUAGCAAACAACAACCUACCUCCUGAUAUUCAGAAGCUGCGAUGUCGUGCUUGUUAUGAGGCUCUACGCUUCUCUACUAAAAUCAGAUCAAUGGGAGAACUUUUGGUCGAUAGGAUGAGGUCUUAUGGUCUAUACAUCGCAUUGCAUUUGAGGUUCGAGAAAGAGAUGCUAGCAUUCAGCGGCUGCAACCAUGGUCUAUCCGCUUCUGAAGCUGCUGAGCUAAGGAGGAUAAGGAAGAACACAGCGUAUUGGAAAGUGAAAGACAUUGACGGAAGAGUACAAAGACUCAAAGGCUAUUGUCCAUUGACUCCAAAAGAAGUUGGGAUAUUGCUAACAGCUCUUGGAUAUUCAUCAGACACACCGGUAUAUAUAGCUGCUGGUGAGAUUUACGGUGGUGAGUCUCGGUUAGCCGAUUUACGCUCUCGGUUCUCCAUGUUAAUGAGUAAGGAAAAAUUGGCAACAAGAGAAGAGCUUAAGACUUUUAUGAACCACUCAACUCAAAUGGCUGCACUUGACUACAUUGUUUCCAUCGAAAGCGAUGUUUUUAUUCCGUCGUAUAGUGGAAACAUGGCGAGAGCUGUUGAAGGGCAUCGUCGGUUUCUUGGUCACCGGAAAACUAUCUCUCCGGACAGGAAAGCCAUUGUAAGGUUGGUAGACAGAAUUGGAAGAGGAGCUGAGAAAGAUAACCGAAAAGUGUAUGAAAGAAUCAAUGAGAUUCACAAAACCCGACAAGGAUCACCGAGGAGGAGAAAAGGGCCAGCUUCUGGAACAAAAGGUUUGGAGAGACAUCGUUCUGAAGAAUCCUUCUACGAGAACCCAUUACCAGACUGUCUCUGCCAGAGAGACCCAAGUAAAGCGAGAUAAUAGACAUGACACUUGGAAUUUCAAGUAAAUUUAGCAUUGGGGAUAAGUUUCAAUGAUAGUAAUAGGUAUAUUAUAGGUUAUAGCAUUAUAGACUUAUAUCAAACAGUUUUGGUGAUUAAUGAAUGAUAUACCAACUUUUAUACAUGAUUCUGUUUAUUACUUCAUUCUAUUAUUCAAGAUGUCAUUUGAAAAAAUAAGUUUCUUAUAUAGAAAGCAAGUACAGUACUUUGUUCAUGUACCGCG